UUGGCAAUUUUGGACAAGCUGGACAUCGACAGCGAGAAGCCAUCAGAAGAGGAAAUUGCCAGAAUAUUCGGAUACGAAGAGGCAUACUUAUCUGGAGAACUUGGCAUUUGGCAGAGAAUCAAACCUAAAAUAUGGGCGUUGUUCGACGAACCAUCGAGCUCACCAGCCGCGAAGGUGAUAUCGGUUAUAUCGGUGUUCUUCAUCUGCGUAUCAGUGCUCUGUUUCUGUUUGAAAACACAUCCAGACCUUCGAGUGUUGGAGCCAACGCCGUAUCCAGAAGAAGAAGACAGCGAGAACACAACAGCGAUGGAAGAGAAUUUCCCAGGGUGGCUUGAUAAUGGUCAGCCUCACAUUGCGUUCUUUUAUAUAGAGCUGAUAUGCAAUGUGUGGUUCACCAUUGAACUGCUCGUUCGAUCUGUGGUAGCACCAAAUAUAAUAGAGUUCAUAAAAUCCCCAGUGAACAUAAUAGACUUUAUCGCAACCCUGAGCUUCUACAUGGAUGUGGUAGUUGAAUUGACAGUGGUGAAGAGAAACAUGGACAAAGCGGACAUUUUGGAAUUCAUUUCAAUAAUAAAAAUCCUUCGGCUAUUUAAGCUGACAAGGCAUAGCCCAGGGUUAAAAAUAUUAGUACACACGUUCAAAGCGUCUGCUAAGGAGUUAACACUUCUAGUGUUUUUUCUGGUGCUUGGUAUCGUGAUUUUCGCCAGUUUGGUUUACUACGCUGAGAAAUCGCAGGAUAACCCAGAAAACCAGUUCAAAUCCAUCCCGUUGGGGUUGUGGUGGGCUAUUGUCACGAUGACCACUGUAGGUUAUGGUGACAUGGCGCCGAAAACCUACUUGGGGAUGUUCGUCGGAGCGCUGUGUGCACUGGCUGGAGUAUUGACCAUCGCAUUGCCGGUUCCUGUAAUAGUAUCAAACUUUUCAAUGUUCUACUCACAUACACAGGCACGUUCAAAACUACCAAAAAAGAGGCGUCGCGUACUGCCAGUGGAGCAACCUCGAAGAAAACGCGACGCUAGCGCCUCCAACCGGCGGGUCAACGCAGUAAAACAUCCGGUGGUUCUGAAGGAUUUGUCACCGGCAAAUAACAAAUUUGGUGUAAAUGGAAUGAACAUGAUAAGCUUGGCUCUGCAAGGACCUCCAAAUUUACUUCGACCUCCAGCCAACACCCAACCACUGCAAGCAAGAGCCCCAAUUGUUGAGAGCCCCAUCAUCAAUACCCAAUGUGGCGCCAUUUCGUUAGCAUCGCUACAGCCACCUUUGAUGACCGCCCCACCAUUGCAACCGAGACCUGCAACCACCGGAUCCCUCGACCUAAUGUUGCCACUUCAACCAAAACUACUACCUGGCUAUAACCUACAGUCAUCAUUUCUCUCCAGUACCCUAUCAACUGUAAGGCCACCAGAUUUACCAGAUAAAAUUAUAAAAAAGGAUGGAGAUACAUUUAAGCCUAGCGUUGAUGUGAUUAUCGAAAAUAGAGAAUCCAUGUCUGAAAUAUCAACCAAGAAUAGUAAUGAAGAUAAUUCUGAAAGUAAUAAUUGCAAUAAUGUAGAGAGAAAAUCAGAAACAGAAUGUGUAAAUAUUCUUCAAGAAAGUAUAAAUUGUAACAUAAAUGAUCAAGAGAGUAAUAACGAAAAUAAUAUUUCUAAUUUUAAGGAUGAAAUCAAUUCUAAUGUAAAUGUUAUGGAUAUAAAAUCAGAUACUAGUUUAUUUAGCAGUUUAAAUGUUAGUAGCCCUAACAAUAAUUCACAUUAA